AUGAAGUUCUCGGCAUCCAUUCUCAGCACUGCUAUCGUGCUAUCCAGCACCGUCUCGGCCCAAUCUCCCGCCGUAACAUCCACCCUCACAGUCCACCCAGGCUGCCCUUCCGCCGCCCCUGCCGAUGUAAUGGUGACACGCUCCGCUGUUGCCGUACCGUCCUGUGCCGCUGGCAGUAACGAGACCAAGCCAAGCAUCAUCAUGAUGUCUGGAUCAGGAAUGAUGGGCAGCGCGACCGCUUCGGGUAACAUGCCGGAGUUCACAGGUGCCGCGGCAGCAAACAUGGCGAUGGGUUCCGUGGUCGUGGGUGUGUUUGGAGGCUUGUUCGCUGCGCUUAUGGUUUAA